AAUCACAUUGCCAUCGAUGAUAUUCUCUGUUAUUAAUUGCUCAACAAAAUCAGUUGUAAAUUCUUGCCCAGAAACGGUUGAUACUAAAGUUAAUAUACUUAAGUUUUUACUAAUUUUUUCUAGUAGUGCGAGCUCUAGUAUUAUGCGAAAAUAGUUCAACAGGUUAUGAUGAUCAAUUAAGUAAUAUAGCAUUUGAUAUAAUAGAUUUUGAUCACAACGGUACAAUCUCAAUUGAUGAAAUACACGAAAUAAUUCAUAAUUCAAUGCCUGAUAUUGGUCCACAUGAAUUAAUGUCAUUGUGGGAUACUGAUAGAAAUGGACGAUUAGAUCGUGAAGAAUUUAAACGUUUUAUUACAAGUGGUACACUCAGAUAUGUUUGGUUCACGGCAAUUGAAAAACAUCUUUAUUUUGCUUUAUUUUAA